UUAUUCAAACCUAAUCAGUUGGCAGGUCAGAGCAUAUUUCUGAAGGUCAGCGGCUGUGUCGAAGGAUGCCUCGCAAGAACGUCCCCCCGAAGGACACGGACGAGUACCUGAAGAAGCGGCAGAGGAACAACGAGGCCGUGAAGAAGAGCCGGGAGAAGACCAAGAAGCGGACGGAGGAGAUCGCCACCAAGGUGGAGGAGCUGAGGCAGGAGAACGAGAAGCUCGAGUCCGACAUCCAGAUCCUGUCGAAGGAGCUGGGGUUCCUCAAGGACAUCCUCAUCGCCCACGCAGGAUCGGCGCAUGGAGUGAGCCUGAAGGAGGAGGAAGUGCCCAUCAUGAUGAAGGUGUUGAACAGUGGCGAGUCCACAGACCCGAGUGACUUGAUCCCCAAGGAGGAUCACGUGAAGAUCCUCGAGGCCAUCUGCGAGGCCAGCAAGUCUCAGCAGAGGUCCUCACUCGGCUCAUGAGUGCUGCCCUCGGUCGUUUUUAAUCGUGAUGACGCUUUCAUCUUCCUGGCAACUCAUAUCUGGAAUGCUGAGGGGGGUGGGUGAUGAAAACUGUCACUUAUGGUUGCAGCUGUGUGGCUCCUCUCUUGGUUCUGCUUGUGUCGCCGUUUUGUAAAAACUUGUUCAAAGGCGUUCUGGGAACAAAUAGAGAAGCACCCUUUGCUGAGGAAGUAACUUCAGCAAAUUGUUAACAAAAACUUUUCAGUUCUUUUAGUUAGUUAUGAAAACCAUGACUAACCAGAAGUGAUAUAGUGUCAGGUUAGCUGGUUUCUGAAAAACCAGGCUGCUCAAAGUGGAGAACUAGUGCUACUCAACCUCGGAAUACAGGUUUCAUAUGACGUUAUUUCCUCAUACCAGGAAGCCUGGUAUUGUUUUUCGGCAUUCCUGAUGCUCCUGUUCAGUCGACUCAAAGUUUAUAGUUUUCGGACCGGUUUGAAUGAAGGAAACAUUCCUCUUGAAAUGUUCUUCAUUAAUUAAGUUUCCCAUGUGUAUGACUUGAGCCCAUUUUUUGCUAGAUGGGAAAAUUGUUGAACUAAGACUUAUGAGUGUUGCUAAUUAUGAAUUCUUCUUUAUCCUGCCUCAUUUCAUCUAUGAUUUCACUAUUAUCUUUUGUAUGACUAGCUCAAUGUGCUGAUCAUAGUUGAAGUUCAAUUCGAAUGCAUAUUCUGCCUGAGGUUGAGCUGCCACUCUGUUUCUCACUGAUGAUUCACUCUAAAUUAUUGCUUCUGGUUAGUCAUCAUGUUUAAGUUGGAAGGAAUUGUGUUUCUACAAGGAUGCUGCAGAAUUUGUCAAUUAUGGCAACA